CUGCCGGGCUCGCCUGUGUUAGCCUUAAGAGCCAGGGCGGUGAGAGGAGUGCAUAGGCGGUUCGCCGGGCCCCCAGCCAGACCGACGUAAAUGCGGGAGUGGCGCGCGUCAUCUCAACGGGAUGUGCAGAUGGAGGCUGGAGGAGACACUAAAGCCCCAGCCCCUGGGGACGCGGAGGACUUGGAGGACACUCGGUUCCCCAGUGAGGAGGCUGGAGAGGAUGGAGGGGUUCACGAGGACCCGCCGGAUCCUGGAGAGGGGGACCUGGCGAAAACAGAACCCGAGACGAAGGAUCAGCCACCCGGCCUGCUGUCACCCCUGCCCCAGUCAGAGGCCCUGCCAUGCACCUGUGGGCUUUGGGAUCCUGCAACCUCUGAGGAUAGUCCCCUGGGUGACCCCGAGAGUGGCUCUGGGGGCCAGGGUGGGGACCCCAGUGAUGAGGACUGGCGCAACAAGAGAAAGCACGUGUUUGUGCUGAGCGAGGCAGGCAAGCCCAUCUACUCCAGGUAUGGUAGCGUGGAGGCACUGUCGACGACCAUGGGUGUGAUGACAGCCCUCGUGUCCUUCGUACAGAGUGCAGGGGAUGCCAUCCGCGCCAUCUACGCUGAGGACCACAAGCUGGUGUUCCUACAGCAGGGCCCACUGCUGCUGGUGGCCGUGUCAAGGACUCCUCAGUCAGCAGCCCAGCUACGCGGGGAGCUGCUCGCCGUGCACGCGCAGAUCGUGAGCACGCUCACGCGUGCAAGUGUGGCCCGCAUCUUCGCGCGCAAGCAGAACUACGACCUCCGCCGCCUGCUGGCCGGUUCGGAGCGCACCCUAGACCGGCUCCUGGACAGCGUGGAGCGGGACCCCGGGGCCCUGCUGCUGGGCGCCGUGCGCUGCGUGCCUCUGGCUCGCCCGCUGCGGGAAGCCCUGGGGGCGCUGCUACGGCGGUGCACGGCGCCUGGCCUGGCCCUCUCGCUGCUGGCGAUCGGAGGCCGGCUGGUGACGGCGGCCCAGGAGCGGACUGUGCUCGCCGAGUGCCGGCUGGACCCAGCCGACCUGCAGUUGCUGCUCGACUGGGUGGGGGCGCCGGCCUUCGCGGCGGGGGAGGCGUGGGCACCUGUGUGCCUGCCCCGCUUCAAUCCCGACGGUUUCUUCUACGCGUACGUGGCGCGCCUGGACGCCAUGCCCGUCUGCCUGCUGCUGCUUGGCACCGACCCCGAGGCCUUCCAUGACAUGGCCACGUGCAGGCGCCUGCUGGAGGAGGGCAUGCACGGCCUUGGUGCCAUGCGGGCCCUGGGGGAGGCUGCCAGCUUCUCGAGCGCCCCAGCAACCAGUGCUCCCGCCUACAGCGUGCAGGCUGUGGGGGCGCCCGGCCUCCGACACUUCCUCUAUAAGCCGCUGGAUAUCCCCGACCAUCACCGCCAGCUGCCUCAGUUUACCAGCCCAGAGCUGGAGGCCCCGUACAGCAGAGAGCAGGAGCGGCAGCGCCUGUCCGACCUGUACCACCGUCUGCACGCGCGCCUCCACAGCCCCUCCAGGCCCCUGCGCCUCAUUUACCACGUGGCUGAGCGGGAGACGCUGCUGGCCUGGGUGACUUCCAAAUUUGAACUCUAUACCUGCUUGAGCCCCCUGGUGACAAAGGCAGGUGCCAUUUUGGUAGUGACUAAACUCCUGCGCUGGGUGAAGAAAGAGGAGGAUCGACUCUUCAUUCGUUACCCACCCAAGUACUCCACACCCCCAGCAGCCCCAGCUGCCUCUACAGACCAACCUUCCCAUAACGGCUUGUUCCCUGGACCUUGAGAGGCGGAGUUCUCAGAUUGGGCAGUGCUGAGAACCACCACCUUUGGUUUUUACCUUCUGUCUCCACCCUGGGAAAGGGGCAGGAGGGACAGAGGAAAGGCUGCUCCCCCAGCCCCGUCAUGCUCCUCCAUCUCUGGGAAAAUCCUUCGGCCCCUCUGCCUCACCUCUAUCACUUGGAUGAUAUUCCUCUGUCAGGGGCUGUCUCCUCCAGUCCUGGGCAGCACACCCUCUGUCCUGCAUCAGGAGUCUGCCUCCUUGAUGGGCUCUCAGCCCUAAGUGUCUAGGGUUGGCCAGGGUCCCUUUGGGUGGUCCACAGGGGCUCUGGAAUUGGGAAUGCAUGGCCAGCCUUCAUGAAAGGCUUAAAGAAAGAAACAGUACAUAAAAGACCUAAAACCAAUUCCCACAAGGACAUUCCUUUGCCCUUCAUGUACUUCAUCUUUACCUGGUCAAAAGUGGCCCCCAUCAACGUUGGCUGCUGCUGAUAUCGGUGAGAAGGUGGCCUCCAGGGCAGGACACCUGACUUCACAGGUGGCUGAGAUCCAGACAUCCUGCAUGGGAGGUGCACUCGGCUUCUAAGGCUCAUUGAACUCCUUCGUCAAGUGCAGAAAACCUCGCAUAGGCUAUCACGCGAGGAUUUGUGAACGAAGGGGGACUCGAACUCCUGGGUACCACCGCACAGCUCAUGUCUAUUUGUCUCGGACUUCCACAACCUGCACCACACGGCAACCCAGAGAGGGCAAGGCUUCCCUAGAGUUCGUACGUGUGUGCACAGCACUCCCUCCUCAACCGACCGAGACCCAGUUGUGCCCGUUCCCCUACACUGGAGCUGGUGGACGCGAGGUUACGCAUGCGCGCUAACUGUCGUUCAGGGGCCCGCGUCCGUGCUUGGCGGGAGCUGAACCCUCACUGCUCCUCCAGCCUGGUCGACUGACGAGCAGACGCGCAGUGCACGCAUG